AUGGCGGCGACGUCAGCGCCGCCCGCGAGCGCCCACGCCCACGCCAACGGCAACGGCUCCCUCGCGGGGGUGGCGGCGCCGGUGGGCGCGCCCACCAACCCCAUGGCUACGGCGCUGCUCACCGAUCAGUACCAGUUCUCCAUGGCCUACGCGUACUGGAAAGCCGGGAAGCACGCCGACCGAGCCGUGUUUGACCUGUACUUUAGGAAAAAUCCAUUUGGUGGGGAGUUCACUGUUUUUGCUGGCCUUGAGGAGUGCAUCAAAUUUAUUGCGAAUUUUAAGUUCACAGAACAUGACAUUUCGUUCUUGCAAUCAGUCAUGCCAAUGUGUGAGGGUGCGUUCUUCGAUUAUCUCAGGGAAGUUGACUGCUCUGAUGUAGAGGUGUAUUCCAUUCCUGAGGGAUCAGUAGUUUUUCCAAAAGUGCCCUUGAUGAGAGUUGAAGGUCCAGUUGCUGUGGUUCAACUUCUUGAGACUCCAUUUAUAAAUCUUAUCAAUUAUGCUUCUUUGGUAACUACUAAUGCUGCGCGUCAUCGUCAUGUUGCUGGAAAGUCAAAGGUUCUGUUAGAAUUUGGUUUAAGACGAGCACAGGGACCUGAUGGAGCAAUAAGUGCCUCAAAAUAUUGUUUUAUGGGAGGUUUUGACGCAACCAGUAAUGUUUUGGCUGGAAAUUUGUUUGGCAUACCACUUCGUGGAACACAUUCUCAUGCUUUUGUUAGCUCAUAUAUGAGCCUUGAUGAGAUACCAGACAAGGCCCUCAGGAGCAAAAAUGGCUCAAGAGUUUGCCAGGAUUUUGUUAGUUUAGUGCAAGAGUGGCUUCAAAAGAUUCAGACAGCCGAUUCAUUAGGUGGUGUAUUUGGUGAUACAAAUAAAAGUGAGCUGGCUGCAUUUGCAUCCUACGCAUUGGCUUUUCCAAGCAACUUCCUUGCUCUUGUGGACACAUAUGACGUUAUGCGAAGUGGUAUUCCAAAUUUCUGUGCAGUGGCUCUAGCACUUCAUGACUUAGGGUACAAGGCAUCUGGUAUUAGAUUAGAUUCUGGUGAUCUAGCCUAUUUGUCCAUUGAAGCACGAAAAGUGUUUCGUGCAGUAGAGAAGGAAUUUAAUGUACCUGGUUUUGCAAAGAUGGUCAUUACUGCUAGCAACGACCUGAAUGAGGAAACAAUUGAUGCCCUCAACAAACAGGGUCAUGAGGUUGAUGCCUUUGGAAUUGGAACUUACCUUGUGACGUGUUAUUCCCAGGCUGCUCUUGGCUGUGUCUUUAAGCUAGUUGAGAUAAAUAAUAGACCUCGUAUUAAGCUUUCUGAGGACGUGGCAAAAGUUUCCAUUCCAUGCAAAAAACGAUGUUUUAGACUGUAUGGGAAAGAAGGCUACCCACUGGUAGAUAUCAUGAUUCGUGAAAGUGAACCAUCACCUAAGGCAGGAGAAAGAAUCCUCUGCCGCCAUCCAUUCAUUGAAUCAAAGAGAGCAUAUGUUGUCCCCCAGCAUGUUGAGGAGCUUCUACAGUGCUAUUGGCCUGGGACAUCAGAUAAACCUAGAGCAGAGUUGCCCUCCUUGGAGAAGAUCAGGAGCCGCUGCAUGCAGCAGCUUGAAAAGCUGCGUCCGGAUCACAUCCGGCGGCUAAAUCCAACACCGUACAAGGUGAGCGUGAGUGCAAAGCUGUACGAUUUCAUCCACUGCCUAUGGCUGAACGAGGCACCAGUAGGUGAACUACAGUAG